CGAGCGUAUAAACGAGAGUCGCAGGGUGGAGAGGAACGAGAAUGUAGAGACAAAGAACGUGAGAAGAUGGAACGUUGAAUCUUGCACGGCGUAUAGUCCAAAGUUUAAAGAGCAUUGGUAACGUCGUUGGAGAUCUAAGAUGGCGGCUGACGAAGUAAACUUACGAAAUUGCGCUCUGUUGAAAGUCGUUCGUGAUUUUGUCGUUUGUUGAACGUUGUCAGUUGACAGUUUCGAUUCAUCUUUACGUGAUAUCGGUCUAGGAUCGCCAACAGCCGAAACGCGCCCCGCGUGCAAGUGGGACACAAACGUUUCUAGAAUCACAGGCUUGCGAUGUCGGUAAUCGCCUCGAAGCCAUGCCGCGAGAAAGAAAAUUUGAAAUCGACGGAGGAGGACGAUUGGAAGAUGCAGCUUGCAUUUUGCAAACCGCGGCACACGGCGACGAUCGAAGGUGUAAAUUGUAUCACGCAGACAUGGAGGAUGAAGGAACGGAUGAAAACCGUGAGCGUGGCUCUGGUUUUGUGUUUGAAUGUUGGCGUUGAUCCACCGGAUAUUGUCAAGACGCAACCGUGCGCUCGUCUCGAGUGUUGGAUCGAUCCUUUGUCGGUAAGUCCGCAGAAAGCUUUGGAAACUAUAGGUUCCAAUUUGCAAAAACAGUAUGAACGAUGGCAACCAAGGGCUCGUUACAAACAGAGUUUAGAUCCCACCGUCGAGGAAGUUAAAAAGUUGUGUACUUCCUUGAGACGAAACGCAAAGGAAGAGAGAGUUCUGUUUCAUUAUAACGGUCAUGGUGUUCCUAAACCUACUAGUAAUGGUGAAAUAUGGACGUACACGCAAUACAUUCCUUUGUCUGUAUACGAUUUACAAACAUGGAUGGGUGCACCUAGCAUCUAUGUGUACGACUGUUCCAAUGCGGGUAUCAUUGUAGAGUCCUUUCAACAAUUUGCGGAACAACACGAAAAGGAAUAUGAGAUGGAGAAGCAAGCAGUUCAGCAGAAUCGUGCGACUGGGGUUGCAGGUGCUACUGCGCCAUCCUAUAAAAAUUGUAUUCAAUUAGCAGCAUGUGCGGCUAAUCAAAUUUUACCUAUGAAUCCAGAUUUACCUGCGGACAUAUUUACGUCGUGUCUUACAACUCCGAUAAAGAUAGCAUUACGAUGAAUUCCAGGACAAUUGACCGAUAGAAGAACAAUGUUGGGAGAACUUAAUUGGAUUUUUACAGCAAUUACCGAUACUAUAGCGUGGAAUACAUUGCCAAGAGAUUUGUUUCAGAGAUUGUUUAGACAAGAUUUAUUAGUAGCUAGUCUAUUUAGAAAUUUCUUACUUGCUGAAAGAAUACUUCGUUCGUACGAUUGCACUCCAGUUUCUUGCCCAAAAUUACCACCUACUUAUCAGCAUCCUAUGUGGCAAGCGUGGGAUUUGGCACUUGAUCUCUGUUUAGCGCAAUUACCAUCUAUUCUUGAAAAUGAAGAUCAAUUUAUGCACUCGCCUUUUUUUGAAGAACAAUUAACAGCUUUUCAAGUAUGGCUUACACUGGGUUCUAAAAAUCGGAAUCCUCCGGAGCAACUGCCGAUAGUGCUACAAGUGUUAUUAAGUCAAGUUCAUAGAUUAAGAGCAUUGGAAUUAUUGGGACGUUUCCUUGAUCUUGGCCCAUGGGCGGUGAAUUUAGCUCUCAGCGUGGGCAUUUUCCCAUAUGUUUUAAAAUUACUUCAAAGUAAUGCCAGAGAACUACGUCCGUUACUUGUUUUCAUUUGGGCAAAAAUUCUUGCAGUCGACAGUAGUGACCAUAGAACGUUGGCAGCGUUUGUUUUGGCUAGCAUUGUGAAUGAUUAUCGACCGGGUCAGGUAGCUGCAAAUCAUGGUAGUCUUGUUUCGAUUUGUUUGGAACAACUUGGAGAUUCAAAUGCUUUGUUGAGACAAUGGUUGUGUUUGUGCCUCGCGAGACUUUGGCAUAACUACGACAAAGCAAGAUGGUGCGGAGUCAGAGAUAUCGCUCAUGAAAAAUUAUUUACGUUGCUGCAAGACCCAGUUCCUGAGGUUCGAGCAGCUAGCGUUUAUGCUUUGGGAACAUUCGUAAAUAGCGUAACGACGCGAAGUGAGCAUGCAAAUAAUAUUGAUCAAAUCAUAGCUAUGACGCUUAUUAACACCGUAUCUCAUGAUAUGUGUCCCCUAGUUAGAAAAGAAUUAGUAGUAGCACUUCAAUGGAUGGUAUUACAUUUUGAAAAUUCCUUCGUAACGUUAGCACUGGCUGAAGAAAAUAGCCGAAAAGACCUCGUAGUGGAGACGUUGUCGCCGUUUAGUGGAAUGAGACGCAUUAGUUCUAGAGACAGAUUGAAAAUGCUUUCUCCGAACAACACGUAUAGUGCGGACGGUACAGAUGGAUUUGGUCAGGAUCGUAUUAAGAGAGUGUCGUCGUCGUCGUCUAUUAGUAGUUUAGGACACGGUUCUCUUGGAAAUUUACCAAGUCUUUCCUACGGUAGUGUAUAUAUGAAAUUGUGGCAUGGAUUGUGCAGUCUUGACAAUGAUCCUCAUCCAGUGGUUGCUACUAUGUCUCAGAAGGUUACUAAUCACAUUCGAAAUCAGUAACAGCAAAGGAGAAUCGCCGCCUACGGUAAAUUCUGGAACAGAUUUAUUACGCUCAUCGAGAAUACCAUUGCACGGCAAUCGUUCGAGAAAACCAAUUCCUAAUACGAUUUCAGAAGAGGCAGACGAAGUUGCUGGAAUUAAAACACCGUUGACAACUUCGCAGUUUGUUGAAUGGAGUUGUGCUCAAUUUGCUCAACCUGUUAGUUUAGAAAUUGAAACUGAAUCGAUGAACGACGUGGAAAGUAGAGCGCAUUAUGAAAGGGAGUGGCGGUACUUGAGAAAUAAGAAACAAAGACGCGAAGCAAGAGAGGAACAAUUACGCUCGGUACAAAGCAGAGUAGAAUCCCAAGUAUUUCAUACGAGGUGUUCACAUUCUCCGGAAGUUCUAACAUUUCAUCCGUUCGAACCUCAUUUGGCUGUAGCAUUGAAAGAUUACUUUGGGAUAUGGGAUUAUCAAACUGGUGCAAAAUUAACUUAUUGUGCAAGUCAUGGAAAUAAAAUGUCACGUAUCACAGCGCUGGAGUUUAUUAAUGCUCAUGAUGUAACGUUAUUAAUGGCUGGAUCUGACGAUGGUUCGGUUAGAGUAUGGAAAAAUUAUAGUAGUAUGUUAAAUCGCGAUCCAGUUUUACUUACUGCUUGGCAAGCAAUAGCUGAUAUACAACCUGCGACAAAAACAACGACAGCAACAGCUGGAUUAGUUACCAAAUGGGAGCAAAGGUCCCUUACAUUAGCUGUAACGGGUGAUGUUCGUAUUGUCAGGCUAUGGGAUGCGGAGACUGAAUUAAAGAAACAAGACGUACCAACAGGUGCUGAUUGUUGUGCUACGUGCAUUGAUGUUGAUGGCGUAGGUGCAAUGAUGGCGGUAGGUUGUGGAGAUGGUUCGGUUCGUUUAUUUGAUAGAAGAUUACCUCCUUUAGAAUCGAGAGUUAUGAUUUGGAGAGAGCAUACAGCCUGGGUGCUAGGCACAUCUUUGAGAAAAUGUGAAAGAUCUGCGCCGCAACUGUUCACUGGAUCAUCUUCGGGAGAUAUUAGAAUAUUUGAUCUCAGAAAAAAUUCUUCCGUAAGCACUGUACAGAUAACGCAAGGUAUUACAGCAUUGGCAGCACAUGAAAUGGCGGAUAUUUUUGCUGGAUCGACGAAUCACUGUAUAAGUGUAUAUAACACUAUGGGUCAACACUUAAACACAAUAAAAUUUCAUGAAGGAUUUAUGGCCACUCGUAUUAGCCCUGUAAGUUGUUUAAGCUUUCAUCCUUAUCGUGUGAUUCUAGCAGCUGGUUGCGUAGACAGUACUGUCACAGCAUAUGCGUCUGAACCACGCAGAUGACUAAUAGAGAUGGAAUUAUUAUAAAAUUAUUUUUAUAAAUACAAACUCAUAGUACUUGAUACUCUUAGCGCUAACAGUCGGUAAAAAGAAAUGUUAAGAGUGUAAUGUUGAAUUUUAUUUGAAAGGUCAGAGGUGAAUUCUUAUUUUUCACUUGUGCUUCACUGCGUUUUUUUCGUGCAUAAAAACGUCUUGCUUUGGAAUUUAUUGAUAUAGCGUUUUUGUGAAUAGUUCUUGUGAUUACAAAACUUGCGAAGUAACCAAAGUCUUUAGAGGCGACCAAAGAGAAGAUAAUAUGAACUAUACGUGCAAGAACAGUGUAAUAUUUUGAAACGCGGUUGGUCGAAAAAUUUAACGUUCUUGAUGAACAAUGGUGUACAAUAUAUGCGUAUGCGAUGCAACGAAAAAGAUUUGAAUGCAUGUACGAAUGUGUUUAAUGUUUAAUAAAGCUUGUAACAUUCGCAAGGAAAUAACUUUGAUUCUUGUGCCAUGCAAAAUUAAUUCCAAUUGAUUACGCUCUUACGUAAAUUCAGAUGAUGGAAUAUUUAAUUAUUUCUCACAUAUCGAUAAGUUUUUCCCUUAAUUUUCAUUUUUACAAAAUUUUAAAGGAAACAGAAAUUUUUAUGUCGGAGCUCUUUUGGAAAAUAUCUAUAAACAUUUUUUUAUUCCAAGAUAAAUAUGUUACGAUGAAAUUGGAAAGAAAACUUGAGGAUAACUUAUUUAAAUAAUUUAAUUACAUUAUUUUAGCUUAUGAUUGAUGCAAUAAACUACUAGAUCAAUAGUAACAAGAAAAAAAAACAAAAUUAUCUAAAAUGGCAACUAUAUGAAUUACGUUUUUAUACUAAUGAAUAGUCUUUGUACACGUGAUAUUAUGUGUACUCUAAUUGUAACUUUUUCCAUCCGUGAAAUUUUUCGUUGCAAUUUUAAAGAAAAAAUUGUUUUUGUAAAUAUGUAUUGUGUAUUCAUCAACAUGUAGUUUAAGUAAUGCUUUGCAAGCACUUCUUUGCAAUUUGUGAAAAUACCUCGUAUCGUAUUAAAAAUUUGAGAAGUUUGAAAGAAAAUGCCUUCUCAGUGACAAUUUAAACAAUCAAGUAAAUACAUAUAAUUUAUAUUCAACUAAUUUUUGUUUCUAUAUUAGUUGGAAAAUAUUUUAUGAAGUAAUACUUAUACAUUGUAUGUGUGUAUUUUAUAUUGCUAUUGUAAAAUUUCUGUGCUGCUGUUAUUGUUUGCAACUAUUAUCUUAAAAGAAAGAAAUAAUACAGUGAUAUACAUUAAGAAGAAGGAAUUAGUUUUCAUAUGCAUACGUAUCAGUAACAUGGGUAUGUACGAGUAACGUAAGAUACAAGCAUCUAAAUUUCAUAAAUGAUAAGAAAAAAACAAGAAGAAAUUAGAUAAUAAAUUCGUGAAUAAAAGUGUACAUAAAUAAUAAUAGAAUAUCAGAUGUAGUGUUUGAGAAACUACGAUGCUAAAAAAGAUUUAUUUCCUCAUAUUUUACAUGUAUAGUUUUGUUAUUGACACUUGGCAUUCAGAGGCGCGAUGAAACAUGUGAUUUAUUAACUUUCAAGUAUGUGAAACAAGAAUCUGUAAUGUAAAUGCAUCGUAGUUUACAUCGCAAGAUGUUUCAAAAAUUGAGUGCAUAAAUAUUAACCUACAAAUACGUAAAAGUAGAUUUGUUUACAGAGUAUCGGAAAAUGCAAAUGGAGUCGCAUCGGAAAUAUAAUGUUUAUUUAUGAACCACCUUCUGUUUAUGUACAAAAAAAUUUAUACAUAAAAAAAUUAUAGUUAAAAAUAUGUUUGAGCAAAAGAUAUUUAUUUUAAUGAAAAUUGUUAUUUCUAAUCGUCAAAUUGAUGUAAUAUUGUAAUUUGUCAAUAGUGAUGUUAGUGACGAAUGUUUUUGCUAAUCGUUUAUUUUGAUGGAAAUUUCUUUAUAUGAUAUAUCACGUAUACACGUGGUGAGAUUUCGAUAUAAAAAGUACUUAAUGUCAGAGUCAGCAUCAUUUGUUAAUAUAUAAAUGGCUAGGUUACCUUUGUACAUAUUAUGUACGAUUUAUUAUAUACGAUAUAUAUUCGUUACUAUUGUUAAUGAUAAUUACCGGAAACGUGAAACGUUGGAAAAAUAAUUCAAGGUGGGUGAGAAUAUGAUGUAUUAUUUUGCACUGUAUUCGUUAUUGUAUAUGAUCGCCUUAUAUAAUAAUAAUAAUAACAAUAAUAAUAGUAAUAGUAAUAAUAAUAAAUAUAAUAUAAUUAUGUUAUUUCAGUGUAAUAAUGUUUUACCGAAUUGCUUGCACAUUAGCAUAAACGUAAGACAGUGGGAAACAGGAGGUAAGUAGCAAACAAUAUCUUAAAAAAUUUGAUUGCUAUUUAUAAUUAUUAAUUACUGUAUAUUCUAUCAUUAUUAAUCAUUUUUUUUUUAAUGAU